CCCACAUUUUUUUUCUCCAGAAUUCUCAAAAAAUUUCCCAUCGAAUCCAUCCCCCAAAUUCCCAUCAUCAGAUUCUUCAAACCCAUUUUUCUAAUUCUAGGGUUUCAUUUGGGGAAUGAUUCAUAUCAAACUAGGGUUUUACAUUUUGGGGUUUUAGUUUAUCAAAACUCGAGUUGAAGAAUCAUGAAGGCAGCAAGACUGAUUGUAUUUCCAAUCAAAGGAAGGAAUUGGUGUUUUAGUAGAUCCAUUGAACAAACAGUUCAAGAAUCAGAAGCAACAAAACCAUCACCGAAAUUUAAAGAUCUUUAUAAGAAAAUUACUUCUAAGGGGAAACCCAUGAAUCAAAAUGUUGAGAUCAUUACUGAAUUCUUCUCAACUAAAAUGAAUAAAGCUUGGGCUGGUCUUGGAGAAGCUCCUGAAGGGAGCAUCAAGAAUAAGAUUCAUGGUUUAGGAGUGAAACUGCUGGCUCGUGUUAAGCCGUCUGAAAUUUUCUUGAAGUCGAUUUCGAAGGAUGUUACUAAUGUGGAGAUUACUUAUCCAACGAGUUUGAAUCCUCGUCUUGUGCGUCGAAGAUUACGCCACAUUGCUUUCAGGGGAUCUGUAAUUCACAGACGGUACUUCUAUGGUUCUGUUUCGCUGCUUCCGCUGACUGCUGCAUGUGCUAUUCUACCACUGCCCAACAUCCCGUUCUUUUGGACCUUAUUCCGCACCUAUUCCCACUGGCGAGCUCUCCAGGGAAGCGAAAGGCUUCUUGUUCUAGUAUCAGAUGGCUCAACUACUGUAAAGGAGCAGAAAAGGGACAGUGAUGAUGAAGACGAGCAAGAACAUAAAAGCCUGAAUGCACUUAUUCCACAAUGGGUUCUGCAUCCCUCUGAAGACCUUGAUAAGUAUCUCCAGGACCUAGAUGAAAAAGAUGGUCUCAGCAAGUCCGUUGUUUCUAAAAUUUGCAAAGCUUAUCAUUUGGACACACAGGAAGUUGAUAAGUAUCGUUGUUCUAUGUAACCAACUAUAUAAAUUUUGUAAAUUCAGAACUCCACAGGCCAUCUAUGUGAUGAGUUUGUUGAUCAUUUUGUUCACACUUCUGAGUUCUGACAAUGGGGUUGUAGGCAGCUUCAUUCUAGAAGAAGAAUGACAUUUUCAUUGGAAAUGUUCAUCCGAGUCCUCCUUUAGUUUCUUUUGUAGGCAGAAGUUAAAGCUUAGUUUUUCAAUAAUGGAUUCAGUUAUGCAGUUUGCUAUAUGGUUGUUAAAUGUCGCAUAUUAUUAUUAUUAUUAUUCCA